AAAGAGCCCGAACAGCUGCGGAAGCUCUUCAUUGGAGGUUUUAGCUUUGAAACAACCAAUGAGAGUCUGAGGAGCCAUUUUGAGCAGUGACGAACGCUCACAGAUUGUGUGGUAAUGAGGGAUCCAAACACCAAACACUCCAGAGGCUUCGGGUUUGUCACAUAUGCCACUGUGGAGGAGGUGGAUGCGGCCAUGAAUGCAAGGCCACACAAGGUGGAUGGAAGAGUUGUGGAACCAAAGAGGGCCAUCUCAAGAGAAGAUUCUCAAAGACCUGGUGCCCACUUAACUGUGAAAAAGAUUUUUGUUGGUGGCAUUAAAGAAGACACUGAAGAACACCAUCUAAGAGAUUAUUUUGAACAGUAUGGGAAAAUUGAAGUGAUUGAAAUCAUGACUGAUCGAGGCAGUGGCAAAAAGAGAGGUUUUGCUUUCGUAACCUUUGAUGACCAUGGCUCUGCAAACAAGAUUGUCAUUCAGAAAUACCACACUGUGAAUGGCCACAACUGUGAAGUAAGGAAAGCCCUAUCUAAGCAAGAGAUGGCUAGUGCCUCAUCCAGCCAAAGAGGUCGAAGUGGUUCUGGAAACUUUGGUGGUGGCCGUGGAGGUGGUUUUGGUGGGAAUGACAACUUUGGUCAUGGAGGAAACUUCAGCGGUCGAGCUGGCUUUGGUGGCAGCCGUGGUGGUGGUGGCAGUGGGGAUGGCUAUAAUGGAUUUGGUAAUGAUGGAAGCAAUUUUGGAGGUGGUGGAAGCUACAAUGAUUUUGGCAGUUACAACAAUCAAUCUUCAAAUUUUGGACCCAUGAAAGGAGGAAACUUUGGAGGCAGAAGUUCUGGCCCCUAUGGUGGUGGAGGCCAAUACUUUGCCAAACCCCGAAACCAAGGUGGCUAUGGUGGUUCCAGCAGCAGCAGUAGCUAUGGCAGUGGCAGAAGGUUUUGAUGACUGCCAGGAAACAAAGCUUAGCAGGAGAGGAGAGCCAGAGAAGUGACAAGGAAGCUACAGGUUACAACAGAUUUGUGAACUCAGCCAAGCACAGUGGUGGCAGGGCCUAGCUGCUACAAAGAAGACAUGUUUUAGA